CUAUCUGUACUAAAUCUAACGAUCUUGACUUUCCUUUUAGACGGAAUCAAGCGAACAAAGUUGAAAUCCUCUAUCUAGUGCAUGCAAACCAAGAGCUUAUUCCACUGAACCCACUUCUCUCUUCCACUACAUAGUGUAUGGAAGUAACUGAAAAUAGUUUAUUUUGGGUUGUCUUAACACAGAAACCUCUAUUUUUCGUCAUAUCGUGUACCGUUUAUUAUUGAUAUGUUCAUUUCAUGGGAAUAAAUUUGAGAGAGAGAAAAAAAAAUGAACGUUUACCAUCUAAGUUUAAUGGAGGAAAAUAGACACAAAAUCCUUCCAUGUUGUAUUAUUUAUAACAGUUUGAAUGAAUGCAGUUGGUUUAACUAAAAAUAUUUUAAGAUUAUUACCGACCAAGAUAUUUGAUAAUGUAUUGGAUAGUAAUGAAAGAGUAUCGGACAACAGUUUUACAAUAUGUCACCGGUAUUAUAGCACAGUUCAGUCAUAUAUUCUGAGUGCGAACCAAGGGUGGUAUAAUAUGUGUGGUCAAUCACAGAAACAAUUAGUCUGCCAGAAAAAUACUUGCAUGUCUGGACCCAUCCUAUCAGUAGUUUCGGAACCGGUUGAGGCAAUUGUUGGCUUCCGUUUGUUGAAUCCACAUCUGGCAAAUCGAUUAUGGAAAGCAGCAGUAGAACACCACGCAUUUUUUCGAUUAAAAGAAACACCAACACCUAAACGACCUCUCCCAACAUCUAGUCUAAAUAAAUCUCAGUUUCGUUACACCGGGCGAACAUUCUUUCAAUAUCGUACAAUGAAUAUUGAUAGGCCUCAUCCACGAUUCAAUCGUUCUAUGCUAAAACGACGCACAGCGAGUAUGCCAACCGGUCUAAAUAUAUCUAUGAAUAUGCAUACAUUAAGCAGAUCGCAUCCACGUGAUAUGACCAUAGGAAGAACUCAAAAUAAUGAUCAGUUAGGAGGAUUGAAACGAUUUGGUUCUGUUCAAAUGGGACAUUCUGAUGGGAUGAAUGGGGAUGGAACAGCACAAGCAUACGGUACUGUCCCGCGAAAUAAUCCUUAUUCUGGAUCUUUCAUCUCUGAAACACAAGAUUCACAAUCUCAAAUUAGUAAACAGUAUAGCGAAGGUGUUGCAAAUAGCUUAUCAUAUGGAUCAGUUACCGGUAGUUAUAGAAGUGACGUUGCAGGUGAUAAUGACUAUGUAAAUUAUAAGCAUCAUGAACGAAAAAUAAAUGAAGCGUUAUCUAUUACAAGUGGAUCUCAACUCAGCGAUUAUUUUACUACUCAUCGUCAAAAUGAACGCAAAAGUAAGCAUCCUUCUGAGCUGUCGAAUUCAACAAAUGGGCACAGACCGAACUCUCCGAUCUAUGCAAACACUAAAGCAUAUCGCCGAAAGAAAUAUGAUGAUGAUACAUCAACACCUAUUUUUAAUACUGUUCAAAACAAAAGUACUCGUUCUUCUGAUCGUGUCCUAUCAUCUGGUCGUAAACCACCUGUAGGUGGAGUACCAGUGUUUGGAGGUGUAAUGGUUCCUAAUUAUCAUGAAACAGACAAAGGUAAACGAUCAGAACAAAUGCAUGCAUCGAAUACUUCCAGUCGUGCAGUGAGACAGAAGUAUUCAGAAGAAAAUGAUGAAGAACAAACUGUGACACUGACUGAAGAUAAAGUUGAUGAUCCUAAUCACUUCAGAUCCAGUUCUAAAUAUCGAAAUCAAUUACCAGCAAAUAAUCACGAUGCAGCACCUAAUCAUAGUAAAGGCAGGCGUUCUGGACGAUCAGUAAGUGUCUUUGAGAAUAUACGCUAA